ACCAUAGUAGGAUUCGUAACUUCGCUUGCGGAUUGUUCUGGUUUCAAGAAGCGCUCAAUUCCAUAAUAUAAGACCGGAAGUUUUAAACAGCUAAAUCCUCAGAGGUGCGCUAUCAGUGGGAUGGGACGUGAGCUUCUUUCAGUUUAUCCUGAGGAAGUGACACAAUGAUUUGACUACUAUGAGAUACAUACGUUUCUUGAUUUUGUUGUUACUAAAUGCCAUACAUGCUGCUAAAAGUCACUUGGAUCUGGCCUGGGCUAAAGGAUCCGUCAAGAACAGAUCAAGCCGGGAUGUUUCCUGCAGAGAGGGCAUGGAGUAUGAACAUGAUAACAUCUGCUGCCUGAACUGCCCUGCUGGAACAUAUGUGAAAAAGGCCUGUCUUACUCCUUCAGAAAAAGGAGUGUGUGAGCCGUGCGAGUUUGACAGAUACACUGAGCACGACAAUGGACUGCGAAAGUGUUUAUCAUGCACCAAGUGCCGUAUAGAUCAGGAAACCACAGAGAAAUGCACAAAUACCCAGAACACACAGUGCAAGUGCAAACAGGGUUCAUUUUGUUUACCUGACCAAGCAUGUGAGGUGUGCAAGAAAUGCAGUAGAUGCAGAGAGGAUGAAGAGGCUGUAAAAAGCUGUACAGACAUUUCCAACACCGUUUGUAAAAAGAGAAGCUCUUUGGGCAGCUCUAACUCAGUGACUUUCAUUGUUGUUGUGGCAUUCAUUGCAAUGCUUGCAUUCAUUGUGUGUAUCGUGUACUGGACAAAGUCAAGACUGAGUAAAAAAGCAGUAACAUCAAGAAGUUCAAGGGAAAAGGUUAGGAUCUGUAUGGGUGACAAUGAGGAGGUGAAAGAGGAGAGCCAGAAUGCCCACAACUCUAAGAUGGAUGACUCCUCUCAGCUCCAGCCGUUCCUUGAGCAAAACUAUGCGGUGGGUACCAACAUUCCUGUUUCAGCGGAGACUGAGGAAGACAGGGGACUAGGGGACAGCCUCCCCAACACCGCCAACUCUUCACAAAUUAGCCUGGUUAUGUCUGCUGUGCCUAGUGAUCUCCAGUUCCGCCACACUAACCAGCCUCCAAGCUCUGCCACUGCCCUGCAGCCUCACACUUUGGAAGGAGAGUCAAUAAGAAGACUUGUUCCUUUAAAUGGAGAAGAAUCGUUGAAGAAAAGCUUUGAUUUCUUUGAAGAAAUGGACGUCCACUAUCAUAACAGAUUUUUCAGGUUCAUUGGACUGACUGAUAAUUCAAUCAAAAAUGCAGAGUCUCUCUUUCCGGAAGACAGAGUUUAUGAACUGUUAAAAAUCUGGAUGGAAAAGGAGGGACUGGAGGCAGAUUUCAACAGUCUUAUUGAAGCAUUAAUCUAUUUAGACCAAAGGCUGUCAGCAGAAAAUAUCAUUUCAAAGGCAAUCAUUAAUGGUUACUUUGAAUAUGAAGAUGAGUGACUGGAAGCAUGCAAAUAUUGUCACCACCUUAGUGUCCUCAGUGGGCUAAGGUAUUCUUUUGAUUUUUAUUUUGUACAUGGCUUACCUCAUGCAGUAUUAUUUCCCAAUAAUUCCAAAAUGGAAAGUGUUUCACUGACAUAAUAUUUACUAUGUUGGCCAAUCGUGUGCAAAUUUUUUAGAUAAGAUGCUAUGCCGCUGUUUACAAACGUUAGUUACAUAAAAUAAAAAAAAGAUAUUUAAGACUCCUAAUAUUAUGAAAU